GAGCGUAGUUUUUCUCUCAACGUCGUCCGGUUAGGUUGCGCGCGUCUUGGAUCUCUCGAACACUAACGACAUUUGGAUUUACCCACUAUCCAAGCCAAGCCAAAGGCCCCCCAAGUGCUACAGUCAGAGUGCAAGAGUCGCAAGCCAGAGUGCAACACGAGUGAAUCAGUAUCAGUAUAAACAGAACCAGAAUAAUCUCGCGGACAUCCCAGUUCCAGGCCCAGUGCAACCUAAGAACAUCUUUCGUACCAUUUUCCCCUUGAAACUGUCUCGUACCGAAUAAAAUGCGACGUAUAUAAGACGCAUCUACGUAGUGAACCCGUCAUAAUAUAACCUUCUAUACAGCCACAAAGCAAAGAGUCUCCUGCAGACAGAGUAAUCAGCGAAAUAGCUAGAGGAAGAGAAAGAGGUAGCAGCAGGACGCCGAGGAGCAUGGCCGCCAACACAGAGCUUCUGCCCUUCCACCAUCAGACGACCAAUUCCCUGCAGACGGCGGCUGCGCUUACCAACUAUCAUGGCGGCGGAGGCAGCACAGCCGCAGCGAGUGGAGCCGCUCCCAGUGGAGCUAAUGGCGCCCCCGUGUGGGGCAUGGACGAAGUCUACCCACAGACUGAGCUACCCGGCCUCACACGCAGCGCCCACCACCUGCUGCGCUUCACGCCCUACGCAUUGCACCACCGCCCGCAGCUGCAGACCCUUCCGCCGGCGCUAUACCUGCAACAUGCGGCCGCGGCCGCAGCCGCUGCUGCAGCGGCAGCAGCCCAUGCACAGCACCACCAUCACCAUCAUCACCACCACCAGCACAGACCCGCCUCGCCGGAGAGCCCACCCCCAGUGGAGGGCACGCACAUCAGCAACCUCUUCCCGGAGUUGCUCGAGCAGAUCUUCGAGCACCUGCCUGUGAGGGAUCUGGGCCGUGCGGCCCAAGUGUGCAGCGCCUGGCGGGAUGCAGCCUAUGCCAAGAGCGUAUGGAAGGGGGUUGAGGCCAAGCUGCACCUGAAGCGCUCCAGCCCCAGUCUCUUCAACUGUCUGGUGAGGCGUGGAAUCAAGAAGGUGCAGAUCCUAUCCCUGCGCCGCUCGCUCAAGGAUCUGGUGCUGGGUGUGCCGGCCCUGACAUCGCUGAACCUCAGCGGAUGCUUCAAUGUGGCGGACAUGAACCUGGGACACGCCUUCAGCGUGGACCUGCCCAACCUAAAGACGCUGGACCUAUCGCUCUGCAAACAGAUCACGGACACGAGUCUCGGUCGGAUCGCACAGCACCUGCGCAACCUGGAGAUUCUGGAGCUGGGCGGCUGCUGCAACAUCACCAACACCGGCCUCCUGCUGAUCGCGUGGGGCCUGAAGAAGUUGCGCCACCUCAACCUGCGCUCCUGCUGGCACAUCAGUGACCAGGGCAUUGGUCACCUGGCCGGUUUCAGCCGCGAGACGGCCGAAGGCAACCUCCAGUUGGAGCACCUUGGACUGCAGGACUGUCAGCGGCUAAGCGACGAGGCACUAGGGCACGUCGCCCAGGGCCUCACCUCCCUGAAGUCCAUCAACCUGAGCUUCUGCGUCUCCGUGACGGACAGCGGAUUGAAGCAUCUGGCGCGCAUGCCCAAGCUGGAGCAGCUGAAUCUACGCUCCUGCGACAACAUCUCGGACAUUGGGAUGGCCUACCUCACAGAGGGUGGCAGCGGCAUUAACUCCCUGGACGUGAGCUUCUGCGACAAGAUCAGCGAUCAGGCUCUGACGCACAUCGCCCAGGGUCUCUACCGCCUGCGCUCCCUCUCCCUCAACCAGUGCCAGAUUACGGACCAGGGCAUGGUGAAGAUCGCCAAGUCGCUGCAGGAGUUGGAGAACCUUAACAUCGGCCAGUGCAGCCGCAUCACCGACAAGGGCCUGCAGACGCUCGCCGAGGAUCUCACCAACCUCAAGACCAUCGAUCUCUACGGCUGCACGCAGCUGAGCUCCAAGGGCAUCGACAUCAUCAUGAAGCUGCCUAAGCUGCAGAAGCUCAACCUGGGCCUGUGGCUGGUCAGAUGAUGCGUCCACCAUGACUGCAAUGCCUGUGCGGAGGCGGAGGCAGCAGAAGCGGCAGCAUCGGCGCUCAAGAGGAAGAGCUCCAUCACUAAUAGCAAUCCCAACACGAGUUCCAAUACCAAUGCUGGUCUGGGCUAGACUUCUGGCGGAGGAGAGACACUUGGAGUGGCCCUGAAGUGUGCGUGUGACUUUCAAUCCUACCUACCGAUAGCGGAUUGCCGCUUGCCGCUUGCGAUUGCCCAUGCCCAUGCCCAUUGCCCGUGUGUCCAGUCCAGUCUCGAGAAGUUGCAUGUCGUCUGGCUGUGGCACGUAAUUAUAUAGGGAGAGGGGAAUGGUAAGGGCUGGCAGGCGGGAAGUCAACUUCGGGGCAGACAAGAUACACUGAAAACUCAUAGCUUUCGUUUGCCAUACCACACGCUGUACUAAAUUUUUUCGUACGAAUCGAGUAGAACCGGAGUGAUGAUGGGGAGAGGUGGAGUGUCAGAAAGAGACGUAGAAACAGGCGGAGGCAGAAACAACAACAAAGAGCAAACAAUGAAACAUACACACAGGCACACUAACACUUAGACACAGCAAAAGCGAAAGAGUGGGAGAGUGAGGUGGAGCGACGGCGGCGUCAUGGAGCUUGCUCUGUGUUGUUGUGCCGCUGGUUCCUAAGGGGGGGAGAGCGGUGGGACGAGGCCCCCACUGGCGUCGGCUAACACGCACGCAGCGAUAAAA